CAGACUCACAGGAAAUCAGUGAGAAUGCAAAUACAAAGUGCGUGUGGGAGUGAGACCCACUGAGGGAAAUGUCUGGCCUGAGCCACAACAAAAGCCAGAGGACUGCAGCCAUGCAGCAGGCUGCGCAGGAUAAGUGCAGCCCCGGCAGGGAUUAGGAGCCGCCGUGUACGCCUUCUGCCCGGAGCACUUGUUCGGACAUCCGCAAUGUUCUCCAUUAAGCAGCCUAAACCUAGCUUCAGGUCUUAUCUGCUGCCACCUCAGCACGAAGACAAACUCAGCCCUGAAACCAAAAUUAAAAAGCUGAAAGCAGUGCUGCUGCCAGGUGAAAUUGUGGUAAAUGAAGUGAACUUUGUCAGAAAGUGCAUCGCGUCAGACACAAGCGUCUAUGACCUGUGGGGGAAGUUGACCUGCACCAACUUUAAGCUUUCAUUUAUUACGGAUACUCCUGUGCCCUUUCAGAAAUUCCACUAUAAAAAUCACCUCCUCGGUGAGCAUGACGUCCCACUGACUUGUAUUGAGCAGAUUGUUGUAGUAAAUGACACCAAGAGAAAGCAGAAGAUCCUCACCUUCAACAAGAAACUGAAAUUCAACCCAACUGAGCUGAUAAUUUACUGUAAAGAUUUCCGUAUACUUCGAUUUCGCUUUGAUGAAUCCGCCCCAGAAAGUGCAAAAAAGGUUUGUCUUGCCUUGGCACACUACUCACAGCCAACAGAUCUUCAGCUCCUUUUUGCCUUUGAGUAUGUUUCCAAGAUGUAUCAUAAUCAAGGAGACAGGAUUAAUGGAAUAGAUCCUGGAGGAGGAGAUACAGGUCCAAAGACCCCCUUGUUUGAAACAUAUUCUGAUUGGGACCGAGAGGUCAAACGAACCGGAGCCUCUGAAUGGAGAGUUUGCUCGGUUAAUGAGGGGUAUAUGAUUUCAAAGAGCCUUCCAGAAUAUUUUGUCGUCCCUUCGUCUCUAGCGGACACUGAUCUUAAGCAGUAUUCAUAUUCAUUUUUUGGAAGACGUAUGCCAAUGUGGUGCUGGAAUCACUCUAAUGGCAGUGCACUGGUUAGGAUGUCCUGCAUCAAGGACCUGUUACAGCAACGCAAGAUUGACCAGAGAAUAUGUGGUGGAAUCACUCGUAGUCACCCUUUAAGGAGCGAUGUUUACAAAUGUGACUUGGAUCAUGGUCUCCCAUCUCUUCAAGAUAUUCAGACUGCUUUUGCAAAACUCAAACAGCUGUGUGUGAAUGAAACGUUUGAUGAAACAGAAGAGCGAUGGUUUUCAUCCCUCGAAAGCACACGCUGGCUGGAGUUUGUCAGGGUGUUUUUGAAGCAAGCAGUGGAACUUGUUUACGUCAUGGAUUCCAAGCAUCUCUCGGUUGUCAUACAAGAGGAGGACGGCAGGGAUCUCAGCUGCCUUGUGGCUUCUCUUGUUCAAUUGAUGUUGGACCCGCACUUCAGGACUAUUGUCGGAUUUCAGAGUCUGAUCCAGAAGGAGUGGGUUAUGGCUGGAUAUCCAUUUCUUGAUCGGUGCAACCACUUGAGGAAAUCUGAGAAGGAGUGCCCACUGUUUGUGCUGUUCCUGGACUGCGUGUGGCAGCUCCUGAAGCAAUACCCGGCAGCUUUCCAGUUUACCGAAACCUACUUAGCUGUGCUACAUGACAGCACUUGCAUUUCACUGUUUGGGACAUUUCUGUUCAACUGUCCCCACCAGCGCGUUCAGCAGAGCACUGAAUUUGCAAUUAGUAAAAAUAUUCAAUUAGGAGACGAAAAGGGACUGAAAUUUCCAUCUGUGUGGAAUUGGUCGCUGCAGUUUUCGGUGAAGGAUCGUGCGCUAUUUAAUAACCCCUUGUAUAUUGGGAAGAGUGUGCCCAGCAUGCAGAAUGGAAUUACAAAAAGUUUCAAGAGAACAAAGGUUCAGGCAGCUAAAAUGGAGCAGAAGGGGCGUCAGAACAGCAAGUAUGAGAAAAGCUAUAGUUCUACCUUGCGGGGAAUGCCUGCUUCUUUGAAGAAUGGGAUCAUCAGUCAACCAGAGGUAAUGCCACGCAGGAACUCUCUGAUACUGAGAUUACGACCCGAAUUGGUGCAUCAGGCUCCAGCAAUCCAGAACAAUGGACUACAGCUGUAUAUCACAAACAUUUUUUCUAAGCCAGUGGACUUGCAUGGAGUGAUCGUACCAAGGCUGAAUAGUCCUCACAUUAAACUGUGGAAACUCUUAUACCUUCGCUGGAUUCCCGAGGCACAGAUUAACCAUGGUGGUUUCAUCACUGCCUUUCACAAAAUCUCCCUGCUAGCUGAUGAGAUUGAAAUGCUGCAAGCAAGUCUGCGUCAGUACCGGCGCUUCCCGCUGUCGCAUGCCACAUCUCCCGAAAGUGAACAAGGCAGAAUGUUUUUCCGAGCUGACGACUUACAAAGUAGUUACGAGAAUUUGGACUUUCUUUCCUCCUCUUUCCCUUUUUCACCUGUUGGGAAUCUCUGUCGCCGCAGUAUACUAGGCACACCGUUAAGCAAAUUUUUAAAUGGUGCCAAAAUUUGGUUGUCCACUGAAACUCUUGCCAAUGAAGAUUGAGGGUUAUUUAAGGGGUAACAGGAAGUCCAAUAUGCUGCAAUUUGUUUAUCUAGCCAUACACUGACUUUUUUUUUUGCGCACAUAUUCUAAAAUGACAGGUUUCAGAUUUACGCACAAUUCCGUGGAUAAAGCAGUAUAAUCGUACAGUAUCUAACAGAUCCAUUUCUUAAAAAAAAAAAAGCUAGUCUAUGCGCUUAGGGAUAGGAUCACUAUUAUUAAUUUGUAUUUUUGUAGAUUUCUUGCCGUAGGAAUAUCUGCACUAUGUUACACUUCUGUUCCGUUAUUUUUUUCUUUAAGGGAAGGACAAUUUACAAGUUACUUUCUACAAAGACUUUGCUUUUCUCUGGGAGAGUGUAAUGUAAUUGCGGAAGGAAUCCUGCAGCUUAACUUACUUUCUCCAAAAGAUCUUUGGCCCACAUCAUCGCCAUUGCUUGCAUCCGAUUCAGGAGUAAAAUGAACAUGAUGUGCACUGUUAAUUGUAGAGAAGUGUAGAAGUGCCUUUACAUUUUUAAAUUAAAAGUUGUAUAUAGUUCCGAAUGUUAGUUAACAGGAGUUUUAAUUUUGGUACUCUCUGCAUUGACUGCUUACUAAAGGAUAGAUGUGACUUAUUUAAAAUGCCAGUUAGAAACGGAUUCCUUGUUUUUAUUAAAGACUUAGUUGAUCAAUGGCA